CUGGUGACGCUCAGGACGCCAAUACGCAGAGUCGGCUCAGUCCCCAGUGGCUACAUACUGUGCUACGAUUCACCAAGUCAUCUUCUCACGCCUGAUACAUGUAGGCGGCGGUACGACAGACUCCACCGACAGGACAUUAUGAGCCACCAGCAGCCGUAUCACGAUGCCGGGGGCGAGUAUGACAGCGCCGACGUCGACGAACUCGCGCAAACCGUGGACCAGACGCAUAUAUCGUACAGCAGUCAUCGCGAAGUUCCCCGUACCCUGGACGCUGAUGGAGCCGUUGGAUUCACCGAUGAACACCCCGACCACUAUGAGUCCGGCGAUGCGGAAGGUUCGCACACGUUUGGCGAACCAUACCAGUAUGGCGAUUCCGGCGAGGAGUACGAUGAGGAGGAAUACGCAGAAGCUGGCCAAGACGACGAGACUUGGUCAGGGGCCGUCAACCCGGAAGAUUGGAACCCCAGAUUUCAUCUUGAUCCAGCAUAUCAGGUGUACCCUGAUGAGGACUGGUUCGUUGGCUCGAUCAUCAUGGUCUAUUGGGCAGAACCCAAGGGACAUUCUUCGCCCAAGGGCAGGAAAGGCGGCACUUCACGCUACACACUGACGGACAUGGUCCACCAGUCCUUCCGCCGCAUGGUUGUCGUGAGGUCGGAGAACGGCUCGUCUUUCUGCUGUCCCAUCUCCACGUAUGGAGGCCGAGGCUGUCGAAAGACGAGGUGCAAGCCAGAGAAGCAUGGUGUCAUCUAUGAUGACAAUCUGGAGCCAGAGACAUUCAAAGACGAGAAGAAGCUGGGCGUCAAACCAGUUGGGGCCACCAUGCUCGACGGCCACACACUCGACCCGGCCUCUCGUGUCAACUACGGCAACGGUUUCUGGGUCCAGCACAAUAUCCCCGUCAUGUUCAUCGGCUAUAUCCCCAUGGACCUGAUGAAGCGGGUCAAGAGCGCUUACAAGCGCUUCAUAUUGGAGGGCUCUGAAGAUGAGAGGGAGCAGGCCGCGUCCUCGUCCAAGUCUAAGCCUAGUUCCAAGUCCAACAAAACAAAACAGGAGGCCAUGUCCGGCGACUGGAACGAGACGAAGAAGAAGAAGAAGGAUGGCGAGAGCAGCAAGAGCAGGUCCAAGCGACACUGAACCUGGGGGUCCCUUCCCCUCACCACCACGAUCUUAUACGUUACAAAGCGAACUCGAUGGUUCUCUUUGAUGGAUUGGCUUACAGCCUCUCCCCCUGCUGGUAGACCAGUCCAGCCAACAACAGCUAACAGAAACAGGCUUGUGACAUUUCUUAUGUACCCGAGCACCCUGAUCCUCCCGUUGGAGCGUUCCUGUUUUGAGACUUUUCAUACCUUUUCCUUCUUCUCUUGAUCUUUUCAUUUCUCAAAUUCUGGAACCUUGCCACGAUACUUCAACAUAUCGUAGUCGAUGACUGGUUGGGAAGAUGACCCACGAUGGCGCGAUCGCUGUACAUUUCCAGGCUUCAACAGCCACGCAAGCAACUAUGGCCGAUUUCGGCAUGUACGAGUGA